AGAGCGUUUCCUCGCAGAAUGGAAGUAGUCGUGGAGGCGAUAAGGACUAAACUCAUUUGACUCAGCAGGAUUCUUCAGUUCUUAGGUAUUUUUUUCUGGGUACAGGACAAUCGUUACAAGGAAGCCGAUCUCUGUGGCUACUCAUCUCGAAGUGCCCCCCGUAUGGACGAUGAGGAGGACGAUGUGUUUAAGCCAAAAGCCCGCUGCUGGCACACCACAUUCAGGCAGAUAAAGUGUGAACACCGAGGCACACAGACACCCGGUCCUGCCCUGGUACCAAACAACGGCAUGCUGCCCUGUGGAGUCGCAGAGGAGCCCAGACCACUCUUCUACGGUAACGCAGGUUUUCGAUUGCACUUCCCAGCACGCUUUGAGCUUGUUGGGGAUCACGAAGCGCGGCAACAAGAAAGCGAAGAGCAGCCAAACAGGAUGGAGCGUCUGCCCUGGCAGCGACCCGUGGCACGCGGCGUGGAGGCUUGCAUUGGACAGAAGCUCCAGCUCAUAGGAGACCAGUUUCACCGGGAACGCCUACAACUGUAUCAUCGAAACCAAAGGAACCAGGGGCCGCUGUGGUGGCGCCUGGCCGCGGCUCUCCUCAGCCUUCUGUUUGAUAGGGGGUUCUUUGCUGGAGGAGGUGGCGCAGGACGGAGGUGAGGCGACCGUCCCGUUUAUUCAUCUCUGUGAGGAACUGGACUCCUAAUGGCACUGUCUAAUCUAACACGGGUCUGUUUGGGGGAGAAAACAAUUGAAGCAACAAAGGUCACCGCGGGACGGAGACAACCAACUUUUAUACCAGGUUGUUUUUUUUUUGCUUUGUUUUGGGGGUUUUUUUCCUUCCAAGAAGAUGCCAAGUUGCUCUGAGAUUCCACUAAAGGGCAAUGUUCAUAUUUUGGCAUACCUGUGGUGUAGUAGUUUUGUACAGUACAUUGUUCUUGUUCACUUUAAUGACCUCUCACAGACCCUGGGAAUGCCUUAUUCAGUGUCUUCUGCCAGAAUGAGUAUUGAGCAAUUUAGACAGGCAAGAUAAGAUGGUUAGGAAAUGAAAGAAAACACAGUGAUGUUUCCCAGGUGACCAGUCAAGUUGAUUUACUAACUUCCAAAGAGGCAACUUCUCAGAACAAAGCAUUUUGCACCUCACCUCAGUGGAACAUUUAUCUUUUCCUGUCUUACUUUCAGUUUUUCUUUUCUUACUCCCCCCUUUUCUC